CCUGGGUGGCAUCAGCUGGUGAGGGCAGAUGCUAAUCUAGCAACACCAUCUAAGCCACCGGAGCCCAGGAAGCCAGAGAGAUCAGAAAGAAAGAGAAGCCCAGGAGGAGAGAAAGGGCUCCAGGGAGCCCAGCUCCAAGGGCUCCAAGGAGCCCAGGUGCUGGCGGAGACCCAUCACAUGGGAGCAAGUGCAAAAUUGAAAAUGGCUUCCCCAGAACCUAAGGGCCUUGUCCCCUUCACGAGGGAGUCUCUUGAACUUAUGGAACAGCGUAUUGCUAAAAAACACAAUGAGGAACAUGAAGAAGAUUUAAAGCCAAACUCUGACUUGGAAGUUGGAAAAGAGCUUCCAUUUGUUUAUGGAAAUCUUCCUCAAGGAAUGGUGUCAGAGCCCUUGGAAGACGUGGACCCAUACUACCAGAAUAAAAAUACUUUCAUGAUACUAAACAAGAAAAGAACAAUUUUCAGAUUUAAUGCCACCUGGUGUACAUUGUCUCCUUUCAAUUCAAUUAGAAGAGCAACUGUUAAGAUUUUGGUACAUCCCUUUUUUCGACUAUUAAUUUUGAUUAGCGUCCUGAUUGACUGCAUAUUUAUGUCCCUGACUGAGGGGCCAAAAUGGGGGCAAGAAUUACAGAUCACUUUGCUUGCAAUUUACACAUUUGAAAUACUUGUAAAACUCAUUGCAAGAGGCAUCUGGACAGGAUCUUUUUAUUUCUUUGGUGACCCGUGGAACUGGCUUGACUUCAGUGUAACUUUGUUUGAGCACAUAACAAUAUAUUCGCCUCUAAACUUCACACCAAUAUUUAGAGUUGCAAGAAGUUUGAGAAUUUUGAAAAUUAUUCCCUUAAACCAAGGUGUGAAAUCUUAUGUAGGGAUCCUGCUCCAAUGCUUGAAGAAACUUACUGGUGUCAUUAUCCUUACUCUAUUUUUUCUGAUCAUAUUUUCUCUAAUUGGGAUGGGGUUCUUCAUGGGCAAACUAAAGCAUAAAUGUUUCCGAUGGCCCCAAGAAAAUGAAACUGAAACCCUGCACAACAGAACCAGAAACCCAUGUUAUAGUCGAGAAACAGAAAACUUUUAUUAUUUGGAAGGAGAAAGAUAUGCUCUCCUUUGUGGCAACAGAUCAGAUGCCAGUCAGUGUCCUGAAGGAUAUGAGUGUAUAAAAGCUGGCAUGAAUCCUGAUAAUGGCUACACAAAUUUUGACAACUUUGGCUGGGCCUUGUUAGCCCUAUUCCGGUUGAUGACGCAGGAUUACCCUGAAGCACUGUAUCAUCAGAUCCUUUAUGCUUCUGGAAAGGUCUACAUGAUAUUUUUUAUUAUAAUAAGUUUUUGGUUUGCCUUUUACAUGGCAAGUUUGUUCUUGGGCAUACUUGCAAUGUCCUAUGAAGAAGAAAAACAGACAGCUGCUGAAAAAACUAAGAAGAUUGAAACAGAAUUUCAGCACACUUUACUUCAAGAAGAAAAUGAAGCAGCUGAGGCCAAGACCACACAAAUAGAAAUGAAGAAAAGAUCACCAACUUCUAUGAUCACUUCUUUGGAUAUGUUGGAUGAUGCUACUAUCAGACAUAAAGAAGAGCAUAAAAAAUCUCAGAAGAGAUGUCCAUUGUGUUGGUAUAAAUUUGCUAAAAUUUUUUUGAUUUGGAAUUGUUCUCCCUGUUGGUUAAAGUUGAAAGAGUUUGUCCAUGUGAUUAUAAUGCAUCCAUUUUCUGAUCUUUUUCUCACUAUAUGCAUAAUUCUAAACAUAUAUUUUUUGGCCAUGGAAUGUUAUCCAAUGAGUGCAACAACAUUCAGUGUUCUCAGCAUUGGAAACCUGGUUUUUAUUGGAAUUUUCACAACAGAAAUGAUUUUUAAAAUAAUUGCCAUGCAUCCAUAUGGGUAUUUCCAAGUAGGCUGGAAUAUUUAUGAUAGCAUAAUUGUGUUCCUUGGUUUAGCAGAACUUUUUCUAGCGAAUGUUCAUGGACUGGAUGUUUUUCGAUCAUUCAGGGUGUUGCGAAUUUUCAAGUUGGGGAAAUACUGGCCAACAUUUGAGAUUCUGAAGCUGACUCUUAUAAAGUCACUGGGGGCCCUGAAAGACUUGAUCCUGCUGUUCUACACAUUCCUGUUCUUUUCUGCUGUGGUCGGCACAAAGCUGUUUGGUUUGAGUUACAAAGCAUACAUCUACAACUUAGACAAAGACUGUCAACUUCCACGCUGGCACAUGGGUGACUUCUUCCAUUCCUUUCUGAAUGUGUUCCGGAUUCUCUGUGGAGAGUGGGUAGAGACUCUAUGGGAUUGCUUUGACACAGCAGGCCAAUUCAGUUGUGUUCCUUUUUACAUGAUGGUCAUUUUAAUUGGAAACCUUUUGAUACUUUACCUGUUUGUGGCUUUGGUGCUCUCCUUUAGCUCAUGCAAUGCUGCAACGCAUGCAGAGAGUGAAGAAGCCAAAAAUCUCCAGUGUGCAAUGGCAAGAAUUAAAAAAGGGAUAUGCUAUGUGCUUUCUAAAAUAUUAUGUAAAAGACUAAAUGUUCCCAAGGACACAGUGGACAAUGUAAAUGACACACAUGUUAAAGAGAAUAUUUCUGGCCAUACUCUUUCUGAAUUGAGCAACACUGAAGGUGUCCUCAAGGACAAGGGAAAAAGCAGUGGCACAGAGAAAACCACAGUGACUGAAAAUGAGAGUGAGUCACUUAUCCCCAGUCCUAGUGCCUCUGAAACUGUACCAAUUGCUUCCGGAGAAUCUGAUAUAGAAAAUCUGGAUAAUAAGGAGAUUCAGAGCAAGUCAGGUUACGGCAGCAGCAAAGAGAAGGUGAAGCCAUCUAGCUCAUCUGAAUGCAGUACAGUUGAUAUUGCUAUCUCUGAAGAAGAAGAAAUGAUCAAUGAACAUGAGAAGCCAAAGCAUCCUAAAAACAGUUAUGAACGAAGAUCUUCACCAGGUCAAAUUAGUAGAGAAUCCAAGAGAGGAAAAAUUUGGCGAAACAUAAGGAAAACCUGCUGCAAGAUUGUAGAAAACAGUUUUUUUAAGUGUUUCAUUGGCCUUGUCACUUUGCUCAGCACAGGUGCUCUGGCUUUUGAAGAUAUAUAUAUCAAUCAAAGAAAAACUAUUAAAAUCUUAUUAGAAUAUGCUGACAUGAUCUUCACUUACAUCUUUAUUCUGGAAAUGCUUCUGAAGUGGAUGGCAUAUGGUUUUAAAGCCUAUUUCACUAAUGGCUGGCACAGGCUGGACUUCAUGGUUGUUAUUGUAUUUUGUCUGAACUUAAUAGGCAAAUCUCAGGAACUAAAACUGCUUACGUCCAUUAAAUUCCUUCGGGCACUUAGAGUUCUAUCUCAAUUUGAAAGAAUGAAGGUGGUUGUGAGAGCUUUGAUGAAAACAACUUUACCGGCUUUGAAUGUGUUUCUGGUCUGCCUUAUGAUCUGGCUGGCUUAUAGCAUCAUAGGAGUACACUUAUUUGCUGGCACAUUCUAUGAAUGCAUUGACCCAACAAGUGGAGAAAGAUUUCCUACAUAUGAAGUCAGGAAUAAGAGUGACUGUGAAAGUCUUGUAUUCAAUGAAUCCAUGCCAUGGGAGAAUGCAAAACUGAACUUUGAUAAUGUUGGAAAUGGUUUCCUUUCAUUGCUUCAAGUAGCAACAUUUAAUGGAUGGAUUGAUAUUAUGAAUUCAGCUGUUGAUUCCACUGGUGUACAUAUGCAGCCUGAUUUUGAAGUGAAUAUCUACAUGUAUUGUUACUUUAUUGGUUUUAUUAUCAUUGGAUUAUUUCUUCCUCUGACUAUGCUGGUCGGUGUUAUUCUUGCUAAUUUCAACAAGCAUAAAAUAAAGCAGGGAGGCUCCAAUAUUUUUAUAACAGAAAAACAGGAGAAACAAUAUCUAACACUGAAGAAGCUGAUGUAUGAGGACUCUCGAAAAACAAUACCUUGGCCAGGAAACAAGUUCCGAAGAUUCAUCUUUGACUUGGUAACAAGUCAAGCUUUUAACAUCAUCAUUAUGGUUCUUAUCUGUUUACAAGCAAUAACCCUUAUGAUACAAAGUGAUGAACAGAGCAGACAAAUGGAUACCGCUGUCCUCUGGCUUCAGAUGCUUUUCAUUAUUCUCUACACUGGAGAAUGUGUGCUGAAGCUCAUCGCUUUCCGUUGUAACUAUUUCACGAGUGGAUGGAAUGUUUUAGAUUUUAUAGUGGUCAUUUUCUCUAUUACAGGACUACUUCUGCCUCUGAUAGGAGAAUACUACCUUGUACUUCCUUCCUUCCUGAAACUGAUAGUUCUCUCCCGGAUCAUCCACAUCCUGCGACCUGGGAAAGGACCAAAGGUGUUCCACGAUCUGCUGCUUCCUCUGGUGCUCUUCCUCCCGGCACUGUUGAACAUCAGUCUGCUCAUCUUCCUCGUCAUGUUCAUCUACGCCAUCUUUGGCAUGUACAAUUUUGCCUAUGUGAAAAAGGAAGCUGGAAUUAAUGAUGUGUCCAACUUUGAAACCUUUGGCAGCAGUAUGCUCUGUCUUUUCCAGGUUACAAUAUUUGCUGGUUGGGAUGGGAUGCUCAAUGCUAUUUUUAACAGUAAAUGGUCUGACUGUGAUCCUGAUAAAAUUAACCCUGGGACCCAGGUUAGAGGAGAUUGUGGUAGCCCCAUUGUCGGAAUUAUUUAUUUUGUCAGUUACAUCCUCAUAGCAUGGCUGAUCAUUGUAAACAUGUACAUUGUUCUUGUUAUGGAGUUUGUAAAUAUUGCUUCUAAAAAAACAGCCAAGACCUUGAGUGAAGAUGACUUUAGGAAAUUCUUUCAGGUCUGGAGGAGGUUUGACCCUGAUGGGACCCAGUACAUAGAUUCUAGCAAGCUUUCAGAUUUUGCAGCUGCUCUGGAUGCUCCACUUUUCAUGGCAAAACCAAACAAGGGCCAGCUUGUGGCCAUGGAUCUUCCAAUGGCUGUUGGGGACAGAAUUCAUUGCCUAGACAUCUUACUUGCUUUUACAAAGCGAGUUGUGGGUAAAGAUGUGAGGAUGGAGAAACUUCUUUCAGAGAUGGAAUCGGGGUUUAUCUUGGCUAACCCUUUUAAGAUCACAUAUGAGCCAAUUACAACUACCCUGAAACGAAAACAAGAGGCAGUCUCAGCAACCAUCAUUCAGCGUGCUUAUAAAAGUUACCGUUUGAGGCAAAGUGACAAAAAAACAUCAGAUAUCCAUAUGAUAGAUGAUGACAGGGAAGUUCAAGCUACCAAAGAAGAUGCCUAAUUUGAUAGAGCUUAG